UAUUGGAUAUCACCGGUGCCGCCUAAUCUGUAUAAAUACUCCAAGAAGUUUUCAGUCGGCCUCACAGACGUCACAGAUCAAAUCAGACAUCUGAGCUGACCGUGUUUGUGGUCAUCAUGAGGGUGUUUGCAGUAAUCCUCGCUCUUGCAGUGAUCUCAGGAUGCCGUGCACGAAGUGUUGUCCAGGACAACUGGCAGAGAACAUGGGAGGUCACAGUAGAAAAGUUCAAUGAUUACAUCACAGAGUUGAACACGAGGGCUGAUGAUGUGGUGAAGGACAUCAAGAGCUCCCAGAUCAGCCGAGAGCUUGACACCCUGAUCCAGGACAGCAUGUUGGAGCUGGUUCUGUACAAGGACGACCUACAGACCAAGCUAGCCCCCUACACCCAGGAGGCUGCAGAGCGCUUUGGAAAAGACCUGCAGCUGCUGGCCGACAGACUGCGUGGACACAUGACCGAUGCCCGUGAGCAGAUGGUGAACUACUUCCAGGAGCUCCAGACCGUGAUGGAGCAGAACACGGACGACGUCAAGGCUCGAGUGUCCACCUACACCCGUAAGCUCAAAAAACGCCUUCAGAAAGACACCCAGGACAUCCAGAGACAUGUUUUCGACUACAUCGAGGAGCUCCAGAACCGCGCCUCAGACAACAUGGAGGACAUGAAGACCAGACUGGAUCCUUACUUUGCUCAGGUACGGGACAACGCUGAGGCCAAGAUCACCACCCUGAACGAGCUGCUGAAGACUCAAGCAGAAAACCUGAAGAACCAGGUCCAGGCGGCCACCGAGGACAUCAAGGAAGGCUUCGAGAACACGGCCAAGGACCUGCGCACCACUCUGGGCAAGAAGAUGGAGGAGCUGCGCAACUGGUUGGAGCCGUUUGUCUCCAUGAUCAGAGAAAACAUGUAAAUGGUGCCAUUAAUCAGGACCGCUGAUCCAAAACCACUUCAUGUAACAGAAUUCACCAGUAAAACCAGUUUGUCACCUCCCUACAAUUAUUCCAACGAUGCUGUAAAGUGUCUUCACGAAUAAAAGCUCAAAAACAAGAAAAACUCCA